AUGUAUCUUGCAGUGGUUUUCCUAGCUCUGCUGACAAUCGCUCUAAGUACCUAUUUCUUAUCAAAGAAUACCCAACUAAGGGAAAAAAUUCAAGAAGAUGCAGACGCUCAGAUCUUGAAGCCGAAGGAGGGGAAUGGAGAAGAAGAUACAAAGACGAGGAUUCCAAUAUCAGUCAACUACCAUCUCACACGGCAAUGCAAUUACAGCUGCGGUUUCUGCUUCCACACGGCAAAGACAUCCCACGUCGAGCCCCUAGAUAACGCUAAGCGCGCCAUGCUCCUCCUCAAAGAAGCCGGCAUGCGCAAAGUCAACUUCGCCGGCGGCGAGCCCUUCAUGAACGCCAAGUUCUUGGGCCAACUAGCACAAUACUGCAAAUCCACACUCCAGCUCGAAUCCGUCUCUAUCGUCACAAACGGCAGCAAAGUCACCCCCACCUGGCUCGCCGAAUACGGCAAAUACAUCGACAUCAUGGCCGUAUCCUGCGACUCCUUCGACGAAGCCACCAACGUCAAGAUCGGCCGCGGCACAGGCAAGCACUUGCAGAAAUUCAGACAACUCGCAGGGCUAUGUGAGGAGUAUGGGGUCAUGUUCAAGGUCAACACCGUCGUCAACAGGUACAAUUGGCAGGAAGACAUGAACGCCGCCAUCCAAGCCAUGGGCCCGAAACGCUGGAAAUGCUUCCAAGUGCUCAUCAUCGAUGAAGAGAACGGUGGCGACAAGACGCUCCGCGAUGCUCGGGAAUUCCAAAUCACUGGCGAGGAGUUCCAGUUCUUCUGUGACAAGCACAAGCACAAUGCGUGUUUUGUGCCAGAGGGGAAUGGGGUGAUGAAGAGUUCGUAUUUGCUGCUGGAUGAGUAUCUCUGUUUCUUGAAUAAAGGGGUGAAGGGGAAGACGAAGAGCAUCUUGGAGAUUGGCGUGAAGGAGGCGAUGAAGGAUGUCUAUUGGGAUGAGGAAGGGUUUCAGGAGAGGGGUGGGGAGUAUCCUUGGACCAAGCCAAGCACAGGUGGGUGUGGGGAGGGAAAGAAUCCUGAGCUUGAGUUCUAG